CAAAAUUUGACUUAACUUAGAGCAGAGGUGAAUAGACCGGGGUGGCAUGUGUUUUGGCGCGCGGUAAAAACCCAUGGAGGCAAGAAGAAGAAUGGAUUGAAGUCCCUCCCGGCGUCCGAGUCGGAGCAGAGUUGGCCCACCACAAGGGCAGGGCAUUGGGGCCCACCGGCCCAUGUGCCCUCCCAGCCCGCCUGUCUCUCUGCCUUCCUCCUCCUUCCUUCCUCUCCACCGCCGCUCCGCCCUCCGUUCCUCUCGUCGCACCUAGCUCACCUCAAUCAUUGGCGUCUCCACCUCCACUGCAGCCAAUCCCCCACCCCCACCCCCACUGCCCCACCCCCAUCCUGCGACUCGCCCUCCCAACCCUCCUCCUCUCCUCAUGACGACCAGGCCAGACGGCGGCGGCGCUGGCGCGGCCGCUCCCGCUCCGGACAAGCAGCUCGUCCCCGCCGCCAAUGGCACCGCCCUCGCCGCCCGCAAGCCGCCCUCCAAGGACCGCCACAGCAAGGUCGACGGCCGCGGCCGCCGCAUACGCAUGCCCAUCAUCUGCGCCGCCCGCGUCUUCCAGCUCACCCGCGAGCUCGGCCACAAGUCCGACGGCCAGACCAUCGAGUGGCUCCUCCGCCAGGCCGAGCCCUCCAUCAUCGCCGCCACCGGCACCGGCACCACCCCGGCCUCCUUCUCCACCUCCUCCCCCUCCUCUCUCCGCUCCAACGACGUCCUCCUCCCGCGCGCCGCGCCCUUCAUCCUCGGCAAGCGCCUCCGUGCCUCCGACGACCACUCCCCCUCGCCCGCGCCCGCUUCCGCUCCCGACGCGCCCGCCCCCACGCAGGGCUUCUGGGCGCUGCCUGCGCGGGCUGACUUCGGCCAGCUCUGGAGCUUCGCCGCCGCGCCGGAGAUGAUGGUUGCCGCUGCCGCCGCCGCCGCCACGCCCGCCAUGGCGGGGGAGGCGUCGGCUGCCAGGGUCGGCAACUACCUACCCAUGGCACAGGGAAACCUCAACCUUCUCGCCUCCUUCUCCGGCGGCCCAGGCGGCGCCGGGCCGGCGCCCACGGGUCGUGCCGAGGAGGAAAGCGCCCGCUAAGUCCACUCACUAGGGUUUAAUUUAGGGCUUAGGGUUUGAUUCCAUCCCGUCUUCUUCUUCUUCUUCGUCUGGCUGCUGGUGCUCUAGCUGCGUGUCACUCCCACUCAAGUCAGUCGCCACUCACGUUGCUUCCCAAAUUGCUUGCCUUUUUUCUUUUUCUUUUUAUCCCUUUGAUUUCUAGGGUUCGUCCGAAUUGAUGGAGCAAGAGCAAAUAUUACUUGUGCUCAGCAAAAUUCAGACCUGCUUGAUUUCAGUGCAAAUCCUAACUCUAUGCUGUGCUGUGCUCUUUGCUUCUUGCUCAGUUCGGUUGGCAUAGGGAGCUUUAGCCGCUCAUUAGGUUAGGUGUCUGCUUCUCUCAUCAUCCUUGUCAUCCAUGCACCAUCCCAUCCCCUGCUGUGCACCAUAACUCCACCAGCAGCAAGAGGGAAAAAAAAUCUCUUGCCUUGAAGUAAUCAGGGGAACUGUAUUGUCCUUGCCUGUGUGAUUUCUAGUCUCAGUCAGUGUGGAGAUCUCCAAAUUCAUUUGUGGAUUUCCUUCCUCGCUUCGUUGCAUCGGUGUGCCACUCCAAGAAACAAAAAGAAAGAAGAAAACAAAGGCCUGCUUGCUUUGCCUGCACAAGUCACAACUGGUGUCAAUCAAGUGUGCAACUGCUGCUGCAAUGCCGUGCCAAGAAAUGAACAAAAGAAAUUUACCUGACCAAAACAAGGCUGCCUGUAAUGUAAGUCGUCUCACCUGUUUCCUGUCUGCUUGCUGCUGCUGUAGCUCUUUAGGCCUUGUCCAGAUUUUUCUUCCUCUUGUUAUUGUUCUUUUGUGUUGAUCUCUGGAUUGGAUUAGUGCUUGGGGAGAAUAAUAAUAAGUAACUGUUGGUAGGCUGGUAGCUCGGCUCUUCUGUAUGUAUGCAUGUAUGUAUGGGUUGUUUCAUGUGUUAAAUUAUCACCAUGAAUGAGUGAAUGAAUGGACAAAAUAAGCAAGGAGAAAACACAUAAACAAGAAUGUUGAAUCUCCAUCUGCCUGCCUGUGACUGUUGGUUGCUAUGUCUCUGUCACUCAUCUUUCUAGUAGUACCAUGAUACACUUAUU